GCAACACGAUUGAAACAUCGCGCAAAUCGUGCCAACACGAUGCAUGGAAUUUCAAAAAGUUUCGACAAGCCAGAAAUUAUUAAAGUGUCCUCUGUUUUACCUGAUGUUAAGGUGACGGCGCACACCAACGGCAAUAAUUUUACUGGGAAUCUAGCUCUUCUUCUCCGAUGGAAGCGGAGUGUGUAUCAACUUCUUUGGAAACACAUGAUUGUUUACGGAAUUGUGUUCAUAUCGCUAAGCAUCCUCUACAAACACCUCCUGAAUGAAACUGGAAGAAAGAAUUUUAGAGUGAUAGCAGAGCAUUGCACCGGCUACUCGCGGAGUAUCAAUCUAAUGAUUAUGCUGGGUUUCUUCACAUCAACAGCCAUGCAGAGAUUGUUUACCAUGCAAACGACGAUACCCGGAACAGCCAAAUCAAUUACUCUGUUCAUCUCGUCAUUAAAAUCAGAUAUACCAGAGGGUCCAAUGAUCAUCGAACAAUUUGUGCGGUGGCAGCUCUUGUCGUGGAUUUUAUGUUUCAGAUUAGUUUGUCGACCACUAAGAAAACAAUAUCCAGAUCUGUUUGCGUUGGAAAGUGCAGGUUUGUUAACAGAAGAGGAGAGAAAUGUUUUGGAGGACCCACACAAGACCGACCCAACCACCCCUCGGCCACUUGUUGUUAUCGACUGGAUAUUGUUGCUGCUGAAGGAAACCUUCCUUCAAGAAAGAUUCUUCAUGGAUUUCAACUAUUUGAAAAAUGUCGACAUUUUGAUGGCGUACAAAAAGAGCUGCGGUAAUACCAUCAAAUUUGCCAAUCAGAAUAUUUCACCCGCUCUCGUUCAGGCUGUUAUUUUAGCUGUAUACUGUUUCGGCUGCGUGACAGUCAUGGCUCGGACGUUUACCAAAGAAGAGGAGGCGCCCACCUCUCAUGUUUUGAUUGCCUACGUGCCACUCAUGCCAGCCAUGCAGUUCUUCAUUUACUUUUCUUGGCUGUGUUUCGGAAAAGCCGCAGUCGAUCCUUUUGGGGAUGACGAGGACGACAUCAAUGUUAAGGACCUCGUCAAAUCCCACAUUGAGAAUGCAAAAAGGUUGAAGGAUCUUUAUAAUCGAAAUUUGUCGGAUGUUUUCCCUGCCUUGCCUCAGAGAGAAUAUAAUGACUUAGCUCAGUUGUAAGGCAGUCUACACAGCGUCGACAAUGUAUAUUACGAAACGGAGGACAAUAGUUUCUCAAUCAAAUAAUCAAAACCUCAAACAUAUCCGUUUCCCACUUAGUUUUUUUUUAAGUCUUGAUCAUAGCCCGCGAUUUUUAUGACUAGUUACAAACUAAACGCAAAUACUUUCGGACUGGAGGGAAAAUACACAUUUCAUUCACUUUCUUA